GCAAUUAAUAAAAUGAAGUUAUUUUAUUACGCCCUAACUGUAUUGCUGCUCAUCGUAAAUCUAAUGGCAGUGAACGCAUGCGUCUGUGUUUAUCUGGAGUAUGACCCCGUAUGCGCCACCAAUGGAGUAACAUAUGACAGCGACUGCUAUUUGGACUGCGCAGCGACAGAACUGAAGCACCGCGGCCCUUGCGAGGGCCACACGGUGUUUUCAGCCGAGGAUUUCUAUGGUUAGGCCUAAAAUCGUUUCCCAAAAUAUCACAUUGCAAACAACGUUUCUCAAAUUUUCUUGUACGUGCCUUAUGCUUUGAUUUGAAUAAGUAUGUGAAUUACCAAUUUGACUGAACAAUAUUUUAAUUAGGUACAUAAUAUUUAGCAAAAUAAAACAUUUUCCAAAAUAAAACUUGACCAAGUAAAAUUUUGCCAAAUGAAUUAUGUGCGAAAAGUACAGUUGCUAAAAGUUCAUUUGGGAAAUGAAACUUAGGCGAUAAGUUUUUUGCGUAGUGAAAUUUGGCGAAAAAUAAUUUAGCCAUACGGAAGGAUACCUAUACAAAUGCUAAAUAAAUACAUGAAUUGACUAAGAAAAA